ACAGUAUGUGACGCAGACAACAUAUGUUUGCGCAUGUUUGCGUGGUUGUCAUAGAUAUUCUAUGGUGCAGACAAGAUUUGUAAGACCCAAUUCUAGUGAGGUUGAUAUCAAAACAGCAGAGCUGACAAAAGUACACUUUGAAGGUAAACAUGCAGGACCUUCCGAUCGACAUCCACACCAACAAGCUGCUGGACUGGCUGGUGUCGCGCCGUCACUGCGAGAAGAACUGGCAGGAGGCGGUGCUGGCCAUCCGGGAGAAGAUCAGCCACGCCAUCCAGGACAUGCCCGAACAUCCGGAGAUCGUUCGCCUGCUCUCCGGAUCACAUAUCAACUAUUACCAUUGUCUAAAGAUUGUGGACAUCCUGAAAGAAACUGAAAAGGACAGUAAGAAUCUGUUCGGCUUUUACGGAUCACAACGAAUGAAAGACUGGCAAGAAGUGGUGAAGUUAUACGCAAAUAAAAACGUUGGACUGGCCGAGGCGUCCCAAGCUCUGGUGCGCAAUGUCAACUACGAGAUCCCUGGUAUCAAGAAGCAGAUUGCCAAAUUAGAGCAAAUGCAGACGGACUGCGACAAGCGGGCGCAGGACUACCAGCGCAACUCGAAGAUGAUGCGCGAGCAGUACGAGGCUUCUUGUCGUCAGCUGGGCCUGCAGGGCGUCCGGCUGAAGACGGAGAUCGUGCACCUGCUGGACGAGCUGCCGCAGGUCUACGGCGAAAUUGUGGAGAAGGCCCGCACCCUACGGGAGACCAUGGCCUAUCACGUUGCCUUCGUGACGUUUGUGAACCCCUCGGUACCAGUGGAUCAGCUUCUGCCCACACUACACUUCCUGGUCGAGCACGGUGACGUCACCACCUACCAGUGGCGGUACGGGGAGCCGCCACUGCGCGUCGAGCCGCCGCCGCCGGCCAUUGACCUCAGCGACGACCAGCCGACCGACGCCGGUCAGGGAGAUGAGAUCGACUUUGGCGACGGAGGAGGGAUCGAUUUCGGUGAUGGCGGAGAGAUUGACUUUGGUGACGAGGCGGCAGCUGACGCUGGAGGCGACAUCGACUGGGGAGGCAUCGAGGUGGCGGACGCGGCAGCGCCAGAGGACGACGCGCCGGUGGAUCUGUCGACGGCAGGGGUCGCGGACAUCACUAUCGAGGGCAGCGGUAUGGAGGGUGGUGUGGCACGAGACUCUGAGGCGCUCACACUCCUGGAUAAUCCGCACACUCGCACACUCAUCGUCAACGACCUGAUGGAGCUGGAGACAUUCCUGGCGCAGCGCGUCGCCGAAAUGUCCGACAGCAGAGAGGACGGCAUGGUCAGUAUGAGCACCAUGCAGGCGGCUCCCCAGUCGGUGCAGCUGCAGACGGUGGACUCAGUGUCUGCCUUCCGAGCGGCCACACGCGCCGUGCUGGACAGUCUGAACACGGUGAAACUGCAGCAUCUGUUCCUGGUCAAAUCGUCACCUAGGUACGUGGACCGGCUGGUGGGCUCCCUAAAACAGAAGCUGGAGGUGUCAGAGAAGAUGGCCGCCUCAGUGAACGCCGUCAAAGAGAGGAAGAAGGCCGCUGCCGAGGAGGCCGCACAGCUGCAGCCAAAGCUGAAAUUGAUCGUUGAGAAGACGCGGGAACUGCAGACACAGAUCGAGAAUUCCAUCAGUGAGAAGUACAAGGGGCGUUCAGUUAACCUGAUGGGCGGCAUCAACGCAAUCUAACGACGUGCUACAGUGGCGUCCCUGUCCGGUGAAGUCCCGCGAAGACCGCCUGACAAACUCCGUACGUCCGGAGGCCCAUCGGAUAUUGAGCGUUAUCUCUGUUUGCCGGACAUGAGACGCGACCGGCUGCCGCUCUAACCGAGUGGUGAAAUAUGAAAUAUGUGAUUCCAUGGUGGCGUGAGUUAUAGAGCAUUUAUUUAUGGUUUAGAGGAUGACUUCUGGCCUGUUUCUUUUUACUGUGUGAGCGUCCCACGCGGGUUGUAUGUAAGGUAAGUCGGCCAUGGGUUUUGUUUGUUGGUCGCUGUUAUGUCAGAGAAUCGGGUUAAUAUGGUUGUUGCCAGAGUAUUUUUAUAAUACACUUCUGUGUGUACAAUAACAAA